UUUUUGCAAGAGGUUUCAAUAUUACCAAGAUUUUUAAAAGGAGGAGGAUGAGAGGGGGAGGAGGAGGAGAGGGGGAGUUGUCAUGUCUUAUCUGGGAUAAAGGAGGUGUGAAACCCAGAGAAAUCCUGCAGAGAGAAGCUGACACUGCUGCAACAGGAGUAUUUACAGUAUUUGUAUUCAGAGAGACAACAUAUUUGUACUUAUUGUAGUAGGUAUAGGUGGGAGAAUUGUAUUUGUUGUUAUUGCACUUUUAGUUACUCAUUGUUGUAAUAUUGCCUAUAUGUUGGUAGUUUUUACACCUAUUGUAAUAAUAGUACUGUGGCAGAGUGACUAAAUGUAGUUCUAAAAGUAUUUGUAGUAUUAAAUGCUUUACAGUCAACCUAAUUGGCAUAUAGUUACGUUUAAGAACGUAAUAAAUUGUCUGUAAAGUAAAAAAACAGUUGAAUAGAGUAGAAUAUAAGUAGAGUCCAUAAAAAUGCAGAACUACGAGGAGUCAGUGUCGUUCCUGGGGACCUGGGGCCCGUUCCAGAAGAGAGUCUUCUUCCUGCUCUGUUUUACCAUCGUUCCAUGUGGAUACAACCUCCUGUCUGUCAUCUUCCUGCUGGCUACCCCCCCACACUACUGCCACAUCCCUGCUUACAGCAACCUGAGCCAGGAGUGGAUUCAGGCCAGCAUCCCAGUACAGCAGGUGGCAGGUCAGACGGAGAGGAGCAGUUGUAGCCGGUACAAACUGGACCUGGUGCGAAACCUGUCUGCACUAGGAACCAGACCCACCCUGGACCUGGUCCACAACCUGUCGGCGCAGGGAUCAAGUCCAGAGGUCCUUGUCUCCAGCCUGAAGCAGGAGGGCUGUAAAGACGGAUGGAUCUACAGUACUGAGUACUACCAGUCCACUGUAGUCAGCGAGUUUAACCUGGUGUGCAGUGACCAGUGGAAACAACCUCUGACCUCUCUUGUCUACUUCCUGGGAGGACUGUUUGGAUGCUUUGUCUCUGGACAGAUCUCUGAUCGGUUUGGCAGGAAGCCUGUACUGUUCGGUGCCAUUACCAUUAUUAGUGUCUUCAGCAGUGCCGUGGCCUUUGCCCCGUCCUGGCCCGUCUUCAUCAUGCUCUUCUUCGUGCUGGGCAUGGGUCAGAUCACCAGCUUCAUAGUUGCAUUUGUACUGGGUUCAGAGAUCCUGAUUGGUUCAACGAGAGUUCUCUUCUCUAGCCUGUGCUUACCUUGCACUUAUGUGUUUAGUAUGAUGCUGCUGCCUGGCACUGCCCACCUGGUUAGGAGCUGGAGAUACCUGUCACUUAUCAUGGCCGUGCCAGGCCUGGCCUGUAUUCCCCUCUGGUGGUUGGUUCCAGAGUCUCCUCGUUGGUUGGUGUCUCGCGACCGUUUGCAGGAAGCAGAACUCCUGCUGAGGUCAGCAGCUCUGGAAAACAGAGUCGAAGCUCCUCAUGUCAUCUUCUUCAAUGUUGCAAAAGCAACAAACCAGAAAGGACAGUCCGUCAGCUUCCUGGACCUGCUGAGGACCCCAAACAUUCGACAUAUCACACUUAUGCUGUGGCUCAUGUGGUUUUCUUUGAGCGUAAGCUACUUUGGGCUGUCAUUCAACAUGUCUGGUCUUUAUGGCAACCCCUUCCUGAACUACUUCCUGGUUACUGCUGUUGAGCUCCCAGCGUAUGCUACCAGCUGGCUGACAGUACGCAGUCUGCCUCGCCGGCGGUCAUAUAUCAGCCUUAUUCUGCUGGGGGCACUGGCUGUGCUUCUCAUCCAGAUCACUCUGCACAGUCAUCCAACACUCACCUUGUGCCUGGUGCUGCUCGGUAAAUUUGGCAUUCUGGCCGGCUUCGGGGUGUUGUACACACUCACUGGUGAGCUGUCUCCCACAGUGAUCAGGAACACAGCAAUGUCGUCCUGUGCCAUGUCCUCCAGAGUUGGGUCCUCUGUUUCCCCAUACCUGAUGCAGCUGGCUGUAUUUUGUCAGUUCCUGCCGUGGAUCAUUGUGGGUUCUCUGUCACUGCUCAGUGUUCUGCUCUGCGUCUUCCUGCCCGAGACCUUCAAAAAGCCGCUGCCUGACACCAUGCAGCAGAUGGCGCUCACACAACGGUUCAGGUGGCCAUGGGCCUCCAUGCCUGCUCCAAAGGAUAGUGAGAAAUCAGCUAAAGACCAGACUAUGGCAUCUGAGAUCAUCUGUGCAACUCACCUAUAAUAUAAUAUCCUGACACUCAAACAAAUGUAAAAACAAAACUCUAGACAGUGAAACGACUCAACAUUUUGUUAGGAUGGUGGCGUUUCUUCCCACCAGGUGGCGACUUGGACAGGACUUGCAGAGGCUCCAGUGAUGCAUUCACUGACAUUUCAUCAAAAGUAACAACAGUUGAUAUUGUCUGUUUAAAUUCUCAGUCAUCCAGGUCAUACUUAUCCAAGGUGGGUUCAAGUCAAGGGCAACUGGACUUGGUUGUACUCAGAACUCUUGAAUGAGAAACAAAACGUCUUCAACCAACCUCAACCAGGUCCAGGCGCCCUUGAUUUUAGGCCACUCGCUAUACAGCAACGACUGUGGUGUGCAACAGCGAGACAACUAAGGCAACCAUUGCAAAAUAAGGAGUUUAACCAAUGUAAUGGUAGCAAUGCUAGCUGUAUCACCAAUAAGGUGAAUGUGAAAGUUAUUUUUAAUGUGAAUUCUGUACAGACUCCAGGUGGAAAGAUUAUUUUGCUCCUGCAGCAGUAGCAGUGGUGUUAGCAGUAGCAAUGCGAGAUUCAGAUUUUAUAACAUAAACUUACAAUUUUUGUUGUGUGUGUGUAUAUAUAAAGACGUUUUGUUUAAUUUCACCAGUAUGAUUAAGACAAAUAUAUGUAUAUUUAAUGUGAUA